AUGGCGAAGAAGAUAAAGAAGAUGUUGCCAGAUGUUCGUCACCACGUUUGCAUUCGAAAACGAGACUUAGGAAAAGCCUUGUCAGCAUGCGAAAAGAGUCUUGAGUUGUCGAAGGCAGUAGCUCCAACAUGCACGUUAGAUCACGAAAACGAUUUCGACGAAAGAGAUCUUGUCCCACCAGAAGACUGCAUACCAAAAAAGCAGAUUUUCUUUUUGAAAACAUCAAAAACUGGUUCGACAACUGUCGCCCAAAUCAUCGCGCGAUUCAGCUACAACAAUCAGCUAAAAGCGCUCUUCGGUGAAGAUUCUAGUGGAAAUUUGUUGUUCGCAAACAGAACUCGCCCCUUCAAUGCGAAUGACUGCUACUUAGGAAGAGAUCUCCCAGUUUCGCAAAAAUUCGACGCCUCGUUCGUCCACCUGCGUUAUGACAGAGAUGAAGUGCGCAAAGUCAUGAAGCCAGGUUUCUCCGCCGUUUCUAUUCUACCGAGCCCGCAUGAGUUUUUGGACUUGUUUGGAUACGAGUCCCUUCCUUCCAUGUUUCUAAUGAAUCAUCAGUUUUAUUUCUUCGGAUAUCCGUCUGUUUUAUUACGGUCUAAGGAAAAAACAGAGUAUCUUGCGGAUCAAUGGAUCGAGAAAAUAUCCGAAGAGUUCGAUCUAGUGUUAAUCAUGGAGGAGAUGCUCGCUUCGUUGGCCAUUUUCAUGCUCAAGUUUUGCUGGACAUCUGGUGAUAUGAUUCAUUUCAAACUUAAUUCGAAUCCGACGAAGAAACCGAUUCUCUCCGCGAAGGCUAAGUCAGCCUUACAGGAGCUAAUUUGGGCAGAUUUCAAACUUUACAACCAUUUCAAAGACAAACUGCACUCUCACAAGGAAUAUUUUGGAGUCAAGGGAUUUGUUUUAAUUUGCCAAGAGCUGACUCUACAGAAUUAA